CUGAUUCACGACAAGCACGAUUUGCUGCGGUUUCUCGAAAGAACACUCUUUUACAUUCAACAUAAAGAGAAUUCAAAGAAUCUGGCUGAUCUGUUGGAAAAUGCCCUGCGGUACUUGGUCAAGACCAGAAUGGUGAAGUUGAACAAGAUCGUUUCGUCAGACCUGGAAACUGCAUCCGAGAUCUCGUUCGCGAUUACCAGCAUCGGCAAAGCUGUUUUCAAAAGCGGCAUCGAAAUCGACCUCGCCACCCAGGUGUACAAUGACCUCAGGAACGCUAUAUCUUGUUUAUGUUUAUCGUCACAGCUUCAUCUGCUCUACUGCAUGGUGCCUUAUGAUCUUCAAGAUUUUCAGUUGAAUUGGGAUGCGUUUUACGACGAGGACCGUCGCUUCCGACUCUGCGCGAGGAUGUACCUCGCCUUGAUCCUCAAGCACAUGUUCAUGGAAAGCGAUGUGUGGACGGUGGCUGAAAGGUUCCAAGUGACCAGGGGAUUCGUGCAGUCGCUCGUACAAUCUGCGGCCAGUUUUGGAUCAAGUUUAGUCAGAUUCGUCGAGGCAAACGGUCGAGACUAUUCUUUUAACUCACCUGAUCAUGGCAUUCACCCGAUAUUCCAAAUUGCAGCUGAUCCGUCCAACGUGUUUAUCACGUUGAAUACAGUGUUGCCAAAAUCACAAAACCUGGACGAAUUAUGGGCAUUGAAAUCUCUGCUUCCUGAUUUCGUUAAGCAGGUCGCUUACUGCACUCAUAGCGAGUUAAUUCCGCUUAUGGAAAUUAGUGGAGUGAAGAAGGGUAGAGCUGUUCAGUUGUUUAAGAACGGUUUCACAAGCGUAAAUGCCGUCGCCAACAGUUCGGUCUCCACUUUGGUCAGAAGUAUACAGCACCUGUCCCGUGCGCAAGCAAAGCAGAUUAUAGACAGCGCGAAGAUGAUCAUGCACGAGAAGAUCGAGAUACUUCUGGAACAGGCGGAGUCUAUGCUCGGCGCAAAGAAUGAUGCGGAUGUUUCCGUGGACGACAUCGUCGCCACACUUCGACAGUCGGUUUGA